GCAGAGAGUCAUCCUGGUGUCAGAAUCAAGUGAUCUUCAAUACAGAUGGAUGCUGUUCGUAUGGUGCCUUUUUCUUCCAUCACUCUGGCACUUAUGAUGUGUUUGCUGCCCCUGUUUGCAACUCAGUUUACUGGCAAAAACUCAACAGGGUAUGUGGGCUCCACAAUCAUUCAAGAGGCUUUGAGGAGAGCGAGAGAGCUGACUGACGCUGCCUAUGCACACACAAGUGAGAGAGUGAAGAUGUCUGUAUUUGAAGGAUCUUUUCGGCCCACUGACCUGCUGGCUCAGUUUAAACAGAUAGGCUCCAGUACCAGAGGUCAUAUCAGCGCUGCAGAACUAUUCGACAACACAGUAGAGGUCAUCAGAGAGAUGGUGUACACUCACACUAUGGCUCAGCCUAAUCAUACUGAGUUGUUGAGUGUGGAGGACAUGGAGACUUUGCUGGAGGUUACAGGAUGUUCUACAGGAAUGAAGAAACCUGUGUGCAAAUCUGACUGUCUCUCAGAACGCUACCGGACCAUCACAGGCCACUGCAACAACAGACAGAAUCCUCUUCUGGGGGCAGCUAAUACCCCAUACGCCCGCUGGCUUCAGCCACAAUAUGAGGAUCUUCGUGGGGCACCCAGGGGCUGGAACCCCCAGCAUACCUAUCACAACUUUACACUGCCUCCAGUUCGUGCAGUGUCCCAGGAGGUGUUGUACACCCAUAAUGAGAACAUCUCUCUGGACGAAUCACUGUCUCACCUGCUUGUCGAGUGGGGGCAGUGGAUUGAUCAUGACUUUGCCCUGACCCCUCAGAGCCCAAGUACUGCCUCAUUCAAAACUGGAGCGGACUGCACACGCACCUGCAGCAAAGAUACACCAUGCUUCCCUAUCCAGAUCCCUCUCUCUGACCCUCGAACAGGUGUUCAGAGCUGUAUGCCGUUUUUCCGCUCUGCUCCGGGCUGUGUUAUGCGUCGUCACAGAGAGCAGUUGAAUGCCAUUACGGCCUUCGUAGAUGCCAGUAUGGUGUACGGUAGUUCAGAAACACUCGCUCUCGCUCUCCGCAACCUGUCCUCCCUACACGGGCUGCUUGCUCAUAACCAGCUGCACUCUGACCAUGGCCUUGCCUACCUGCCGUACCUGCCCCGCACACAUACACAGCUGGACCCCUGUGGCCCACGCCAGGAAACCAGUACUGUCUCACCAUCAGAAACAGCAAAGAACACAACAUCCAUGGGGAACCUGACCUUCUGCUUUCAGGCAGGUGACUCUCGGGCCAAUGAGCACUUGGGGAUGAUUGCCCUCCACACCCUGUUUCUGAGAGAGCAUAAUCGAUUGGCUGAGGAGCUUCACAAACUCAAUCCUCACUGGAGCCCUGACACGCUGUAUCAAGAGACCAGGAAAAUCCUCGGAGCUGUCCAUCAGGUCCUGACGUGGGAUCACUACUUGCCACGUGUUCUGGGGCCGAGAGCACACUCUGAGCUCAUGCCCUCCUAUAAUGGCUAUGACCCUGAAGUUGACCCCAGCAUCACCAACAGUUUCUCAACCGCAGCAUUCCGCUUUGCCCAUGUAACUGUGCAUCCAGUAGUGAACCGACUCGGACCUGGUUAUCAGCUCCACCCUGAACAUCCACCACUGCCUUUGCACCGAUCACUGUUCGCAUCCUGGAGAGUGGUGAAAGAGGGUGGUAUAGAUCCAGUGCUGCGUGGGUUGUUGUUGUCUCCAGCAAAGCUGCAGGCUCCACAAAAGAUGAUGGUGGAGGAGUUGACUGAGAGGUUGUUCCAGGCUCAGGGGGGCCUGCCGCUGGACCUGGGGGCUUUAAACCUACAGAGAGGAAGAGACCACGGCUUGCCUGGUUACAGUGCAUGGCGCAGGUUUUGCAGCCUCUCAGUCCCGGCAAAUGAGUCAGAGUUAGUAGAAAUUCUAGGUAAUGUAGGCUUGGUGCGUAAGCUGCUUGGACUGUAUGGCACAGCCCAGAACAUUGAUUUGUGGGUGGGGGCCAUCUCAGAGCCAGCACUGCCAGGUGGGAGAGUGGGACCUCUGCUAGCCUGUCUGCUGGCCAAACAGUUCAGAGCACUCAGAGAUGGAGACAGGUUCUGGUGGGAGCGAGAGGGUGUUUUCAGUUCUGCUCAGAGAGACUCAUUGCGCACUGCAUCUCUCUCUCGCAUCAUCUGUGACAACACAAACAUCCGCCUGGUGCCCUCGGACGCUUUCACUCGUACACUGCACCCUGACCAGCUGCUGCCUUGCACACACACAAACAUUACACACUUCAGCCUCUCUGCCUGGAAGGAACCAGACACCGACCCGCUGUGUGGCUCCAUCCCUCGUUUGAAGGUGGGUUUCUCUGUACUGUGUGAUUCUGCAGUUCUGUACCAGUGUCCCUCUGGCUAUGUGCUACAUGGGGCUACACACAUCACCUGUGACCCCAACACACACUUAUGGACUCCACAACCACCCACCUGUCAAGAUAUAGAUGAAUGUUUCACACAGCCUUCUGUCUGCCCUCCAAACCUGCAGUGUAUCAACACACCAGGCUCCUUCAUCUGCUCAGACUUGGCAUCUGCUCCUCUUUCUGCCUCCUCUGUUGUUGCGGCAGUUAUGGCAGUGCUGGCAGGAGUGGCCAUUAUGACCCUAAUCAUGAUCUGCUACAGAAGGCGGGUGUUUUCUUUUUUAAUUUCACUUUUGUUUAAACACUGACUCACUGACUGAUGUUUGAUUAUAGUAAGCAGAUUUUUUUUAUUAUUAUUAUUUCUUUGCUUUUUUUGUAGGUUUUUUCUCAGAGAGGCAGAGCCAGUUACCAGAGCAUGCUGUGAAAGGAAACACUGAAAUGGUCAAUGUUUACAUGACUGUAUUUAACUUUUUGUAUUUAUUUAUUUACCAAAAUGUCUCCUCUGUAGAGAACAUGACUUCUAAAUAUAUUGUAUAUCAUCUUAAUACACAUGUACAGAUACACGUUCAUCUGAUGUUUUUUGUUAAAUCACUAAUCUAUAUGAGUGACCAUAAGAACAAAAGCAGUAGCUUUUCUUCAGCCAAGAUCAUCUCUCCUUAACACAAUGAAACUGGUCUCAGGUUAAUAUUCUACUAUAGUUAUAAAUACAGUGUUUUUGUCAGUGUACAGACUGGCUUGUUGUACAAAAUGUGUGCAUGUGUCUUUAAGAGCUGACUCGUAAACUUUUUUUUCCCUUGCUUUCUUUGCCGUGGCUCUCUGUGAAACCUGUUCUGCGGCUCACAGUAAGACAUGGCAGGUUCAUUUUCUUUGCAAUGGUAGUUUUCUGCUGACCCAAGUAGGAGGCAUAUUAGGUUAGAUGUUUUAGGCGUUCCCAUUUGAAGAAUAAGGGAAGUUUCAAAUGCAAGUCAGUCAUUUUAUCCAGUAAGCCAUGAGACACACAUUUUUCCUCUUGAUUAGUGUGUCACACACGAUCAACUAGAGUGCCUCAGUAGACUCCACAGUGAAACCCCAGACGUCAUGAUGGUUGAAAUGUAGGCAUGGGCGAUACCACUAAUUGUCUUCUUGAUACAAUACAAAGUAACAUCAAGGCCAAUCCUGACACCAGUACUGAUACCAAUACUAUUAAAAGUCUUU